GGCCGGAGCUGGGCCCGAGCCCGAGCAAUAGCCGGCGCCAUGUCGGUAGUGGGCAUAGACCUGGGCUUCCAGAGCUGCUACGUCACUGUGGCCCGCGCUGGCGGCAUCGAGACUAUUGCUAAUGAAUAUAGCGACCGCUGCACGCCGGCAUGCAUUUCUUUUGGUCCUAAGAAUCGUUCAAUUGGAGCAGCAGCUAAAAGCCAGGUUCCUUGCUUCUAUACUGAUGCAGAAAGACGAUCGGUGAUGGAUGCAACACAGAUUGCUGGUCUUAAUUGCUUGCGACUAAUGAAUGAAACUACUGCGGUUGCUCUUGCAUAUGGAAUCUAUAAGCAAGAUCUUCCUGACUUAGAAGAGAAACCAAGAAAUGUAGUUUUUGUAGACAUGGGCCAUUCUGCUUACCAAGUUUCUCUAUGUGCAUUUAAUAGAGGAAAACUGAAAGUUCUGGCCACUGCAUUUGACACAACAUUGGGAGGCAGAAAAUUUGAUGAAGUGUUAGUAAAUCACUUCUGUGAAGAAUUUGGGAAGAAAUACAAACUAGACAUAAAGUCCAAAAUCCGGGCAUUAUUACGACUCUCUCAAGCGUGUGAGAAACUCAAGAAAUUGAUGAGUGCAAAUGCUUCAGAUCUCCCCUUGAGCAUUGAAUGUUUUAUGAAUGAUGUUGAUGUAUCUGGAACUAUGAAUAGAGGCAAAUUUCUGGAGAUGUGCAGUGAUCUCUUAGCUAGAGUGGAGCCACCACUUCAUAGUGUUUUGGAACAAGCCAAGUUAAAGAAAGAAGAUAUUUAUGCAGUGGAGAUAGUUGGUGGUGCUACACGAAUCCCUGCAGUAAAAGAGAAGAUCAGCAAAUUUUUUGGUAAAGAACUUAGUACAACUAAUGCUGAUGAAGCUGUCACUCGAGGUUGUGCAUUGCAGUGCGCCAUCUUAUCGCCUGCUUUCAAAGUCAGAGAAUUUUCUAUCACAGAUGUAGUACCAUAUCCAAUAUCUCUGAGAUGGAAUUCUCCAGCUGAAGAAGGGUCAAGUGACUGUGAAGUCUUUUCCAAAAAUCACGCUGCUCCUUUCUCUAAAGUCCUUACAUUUUAUAGAAAGGAACCGUUUACUCUUGAGGCGUAUUACAGCUCUCCUCAAGAUUUGCCCUAUCCAGAUCCUGCUAUAGCUCAGUUUUCAGUUCAGAAAGUCACUCCUCAGUCUGAUGGCUCCAGUUCAAAAGUGAAAGUUAAAGUUCGAGUCAAUGUCCAUGGCAUUUUCAGUGUGUCCAGUGCAUCCUUAGUGGAGGUACACAAGUCUGAGGAAAAUGAGGAGCCAAUGGAAACAGAUCAGAAUGCAAAGGAGGAAGAGAAGAUGCAAGUGGACCAGGAGGAACCACAUGUUGAAGAGCAACAGCAGCAGACACCAGCAGAAAAUAAGGCAGAGUCUGAAGAAAUGGAGACCUCUCAAGCUGGAUCAAAGGACAAAAAGAUGGACCAACCACCCCAAGCCAAGAAGGCAAAAGUGAAGACUAGUACUGUGGACCUGCCAAUUGAGAGUCAGCUAUUAUGGCAGAUAGACAGAGAGAUGCUCAACUUGUACAUUGAAAAUGAGGGUAAGAUGAUCAUGCAAGAUAAACUGGAGAAGGAGCAGAAUGAUGCUAAGAAUGCUGUGGAGGAAUAUGUGUAUGAAAUGAGAGACAAGCUUAGUGGUGAAUAUGAGAAGUUUGUGAGUGAAGAUGAUCAUAACACUUUUACUUUAAAACUAGAAGAUACUGAAAAUUGGUUGUAUGAGGAUGGAGAAGACCAGCCAAAGCAAGUUUAUGUUGAUAAGCUGGCUGAAUUAAAAAAUCUAGGUCAACCUAUUAUGACGCGAUUCCAAGAAUCUGAAGAACGACCAAAAUUAUUUGAAGAACUAGGGAAACAGAUCCAGCAGUAUAUGAAGAUAAUCAGUGCUUUCAAAAACAAGGAGGACCAGUAUGAUCAUUUGGAUGCUGCUGACAUGACGAAGGUAGAAAAAAGCACAAAUGAGGCCAUGGAAUGGAUGAAUAACAAGCUAAAUCUGCAGAACAAGCAGAGUUUGACCAUGGAUCCAGUUGUCAAGUCAAAAGAGAUUGAAGCUAAAAUUAGGGAGCUGACAAGUACUUGUAGCCCUAUAAUUUCAAAGCCCAAACCCAAAGUGGAACCUCCAAAAGAGGAACAAAACAAUGCAGAGCAGAAUGGACCGGUGGAUGGACAAGGAGACAACCCGGGCCCCCAGGCUGCUGAGCAGGGUACAGACACAGCUGUGCCUUCGGAUUCAGACAAGAAGCUUCCUGAAAUGGACAUUGAUUGAUUCCAACACAUGUUUCUAUUAAAACAGACUAUUAUAAAGCUAAAAAAACAA